CCCAAUAACUCGGCAUUCUCUCUCGUAGUAAUGAUGAAAAGUGGAGGGAGAAUGAUGCCAGUACCGAUUCCGUUUAUUCCUCCGGUGAUCUCGAUUUCCAUCACUAGUUGACUCGUUAACCCACAAUCUCCGACCACUUUAACCUAAAAUACACUCCCUACAUCUUCCCUUUAGGUUUUACCUUCAUCCUUCAUCAAAAUCCCAAUUCGAUUUUCUCUAAAAUCAUGAAAAACUCCGACCAGAAGGUCGUCGCCGUCAUCAUGGUCGGCGGUCCGACGAAAGGUACUAGAUUUCGUCCACUUUCAUUCAACACUCCGAAACCGCUGUUCCCUUUAGCUGGUCAACCCAUGGUUCAUCAUCCUAUUUCUGCCUGUAAAUCGAUCCCUAAUUUGGCACGAAUAUUUUUAAUCGGGUUUCAUGAAGAGAGGGAAUUCGCAUUGUAUGUGUCGUCGAUCUCGAGUGAACUUAAUAUACCAGUCAGAUAUUUAAAAGAAGAUAAACCUCAUGGUUCGGCUGGUGGUUUGUAUUACUUUAGAGAUAUUAUCAUGGAAGAUAACCCGUCGCAUAUCGUUUUGUUGAAUUGUGAUGUAUGCUGCAGCUUUCCUCUAACAGAAAUGCUUGAUGCACAUAGAAGGUAUGGCGGGAUGGGUACAUUGUUAGUUAUAAAGGUGUCUGCUGAGUCAGCUAGCGAGUUUGGUGAGUUAGUUGCCGAUCCAGUUACCAAAGAACUUUUGCAUUACACAGAGAAACCCGAGACUUUUGUAAGUGAUUUGAUAAACUGUGGUGUUUACAUAUUCACCCCAGAAAUAUUUCAUGUUAUUCAAGACAUACGUACUCAUCGUGAAGACAAAGCUAACCUGCACACUUUAUCCAGCUUUGAGGCCCUUCGGUUGACAACAAAGACGCAUGCUAAGGAUUUUGUUAGAUUGGAUCAAGAUAUAUUGUCACCUCUUGCUGGAAAGAAGCAGUUAUACACUUACGAGACAAUGGAUUUCUGGGAACAGAUUAAAACUCCAGCGAUGUCACUGAAAUGCUCUGCUUUGUAUCUUGCUCAAUUUCGACACAAAUCGCCUGGUCUCCUGGCUUAUGGUGACGGGACCAAGAAUCCAACGGUUGUUGAUGACGUUUAUAUUCAUCCAUCCGCAAAAGUACAUCCAACUGCAAAGAUCGGCCCGAAUGUUUCAAUUUCUGCAAAUGUACGAGUUGCUGCAGGCGUAAGGCUCAUGGAUUGUAUCAUCCUAGAUGAUGCUGAAAUACAGGAAAAUGCAUUUGUUAAGUACGCGAUUGUUGGUUGGAAGUCAUCUUUAGGGAAAUGGGCCCGUGUUCAGGGUGAAGGAGAUUACAAAACAAAACUUGGAAUCACCAUCCUCGGAGAAGCUGUGACGGUUGAAGAUGAAGUUGUGGUGGUUAACAGCAUCGUUCUCCCAAACAAAGUUCUGAAUAUAAGCGUACAGGAGGAAAUCAUCCUUUGAACUCACCGAGUCAAAGUGAGUUUGGUUUUCGUCUUCUAUUUUUCGCAGUGAGGUUGUAAGGUCUUAAGGCUUUCUCACGAUUACAAGGGUAUAACAUUUUGCAAGAGCCGUUUAGGUUUUAGAACACUUAUACUUUGGUUAUUGCUGUUGUUUAGUGACUGCUAAUGUUCAAAAGAUAAUUUCGAUUAACUUUAAAAAUACGUUUGCUUCCAAUAUUGUUCGCUUUUA